GGACGGGGACCUCGCAGUUGAGUUAUAAAAAGCAGAAAGUGGACAGAAAACCCGACCCAUGAGGAGAAGAAAUGAACGGAUACGACUCCACCGCUAAAACCAAUUCCGUGACAAUGCUUGCUUUCCGAUUUCUAAUGCUGCAGUUGUUGAUUAUAAAUCCAAUUUCAAGUAUCAGGCUGGAUGUCAGCUUUCAACCCAAGCAAAUUUGCAGAACUACAGUUCAGGGACGUUAUUUACUCUCCGAUGACAAAGGAUAUGUAUGUGAUGCACUAUCAUUGGAUCCACAAUCACGCUGCUGUCAUGGAAAAUCAGAGCAGUACUCUUGUCAUGGAUGCAAUCUCGGGUUAAACUGCUGCAACUCAUACGAAUAUUGUGUUUCUUGCUGCCUGAAUCCCACCAAGACGCAGGAGGAUGUGGCAAUAAAGACAAAGAUAGCAAAGCCAAUAACUGCUGGGACUUAUUCAAGUGUUUUUGAUUAUUGUACUGGAAGGUGUCGUCAUAGUUCUGAGAGUGUGAUUCAUGAAAACACAUAUUACAGUGACUUUCAUCAUUGUUUUGGCCUGCCUUCAAAUUCUUCAGGUGGCACAAAUUUAUCCUCAGAAGUAAAGCUUAGUGGCAUAAAUGUUAUUGUUGGAAAGCAAGGGGAAUCAUGUGAUACUGCUUGCAAAUCAAACGGGCAUUCAUGUGUACCAAACAAACUUGUCCUUCUCAGUCAAUGCGAAAUGUUGCAGAAAUAUAUGAACUGUAGAGGAGGUUGUUUAGCUAGCAUCGGAGCAGACCAGCCUGCUGAAGUUGUUCAUGAUGCCCCUAAAAACUUGAAUCCAGGAGCAUGCUUGUACACUAACAAGCAAUCAAUACUAUCUUGUGAUGGUUCACACAUGCAUACGAGGAGGCUAUGCCCCUGUGCAUAGUCUGUUAAUUCGUCAAGUCCUCUGAAAAGCCUUCAUACCACAGAUUAUAUAUUUAUAACAUUGAGAUUGAAGAUUCAGUGAUUUCUCCCACGGUCUACUGCAAAACUAGUUAACAACAUGCAGCAAGAUGACGGUGAUCUGCAUCAAAAAUACUAUAGUCCUAGGAUCCAGGUUCAUUGCUUGUUUACAAUUAAUGUAGUUAAAAUAUAUAGUUUUUUCCUAGCACCGCUACUAUACUGCUUAUAGAAAUGAUAUACAGAUGUGUUUAGUCUUGGCUGGGUUAGGGUGCAGUGACCUGAAGGCAUUUUUGUAAGUGAGACCUAAAUAAAAAGUUCCUAUCAUUGUUGACUCCA